GCCAUGAAUGCUGCCAAGAGCGAUGCGUUUUUGACGAUACCCAUAUAAAUAUACGUCACCACUUAGCUGACUUACUUCGCGUGUAUGGAACGAUAGGUUCUUGCCCUAUAAAGGAAUAUCAAAUGCUUUUCAAUAAAAUCCUUGAAAUAUUUCGGGCACUCAAUGACAUGCAGGAAUUCGUGUUUUGGUGCCUUUCAGCAAUAUCUGUUUAUACUAUUGGGGGUAAACUGGGCCUUGCAGAAAUACAUUACGAUUGGCUCUAUACAUCAGAUAACAGGAACGCGGACAUUGUCCGCUUCCACGGUAUGAUCAUAAAAUUCGGACUCGGAAAGUGGCAGGAUGCAGACGAAAUCUUGAUUGACUGUCUAAACGAAGCCACGCCUGGCAUGUCGGGCGAUACCUACGUACAAGGGUCGCGACCGCAUACACGGAACCUACCACAACUCUUUGCUAUAAACGACCAAAUAUUUAAACACGUCGAAGUUGUCUACCUAGCAAUAGAUUUCGUGGGAAAAUUCGAGGAGCUGGAAGAUUCAUUCGACCCCUCUUCAUGGUUAUGGUCACUUCAUCUGACUAUCUUAACAUCUGCCAUCAAAUAUAGCUCUAAUUGUCAAAUAUGCUCUUCUAUACUUGGAACUCUGUUAGCGUCUACAUUCGAAGCCGUAGGCGAUAUAAACAGGUCGAAGCAAUGGACCCUGCGGAGCUUCCUAGAUCUCAUGGGCUUUGAAGACGGGCGGAUACCACAUGACCACAGUUUUGUCGACAACUACGGUGGUCUUAUCUUCAAUUCUAUUUUGAGGCAUAGAGGGAUAGAUAAUAGAGGUGAUGAUGAUUUACAGGAUGAUGACUUAAGUGAAGACACGGAAACCGUUGUGAACAAUGAUUUUGCGCGCCCUGAAGUGUGGAGUUUCGGUGAAGCGGAUGGAGGUAUUGAGCUUACGCCCAGCUUACCCGAUGUACAUGAUUACACUUCCACGUAUCACAGGUAUACUUUUUUAUUUUCUCACGGAUACUGGGACAGGGGGGUUUGAUUGAACCAUUCCUUUAUUCGUGCGUUAACAGCGAUAAACCUGAGACAUUUUUAAUGUGGAUGGCGAAGGGUAGCGGCACCGCGGAUCUAAGCCCCGGAAGGGUUAUGUGGCGUUUGUUUCCUUAUCUAACCAUCGGAUUCCCCUACCUGCUUGUCCUGUCUUCUGUUCUUCUCAGUUCGUUUCUAAUCCUACUUCAUUAUGGAACCAACUUGGUUGCCAACACUUGUCGAGAGUCUCGUGAGCAUCAUUGAACUUGUAGACAGUUGAGCUCGAUGGAUAGUUCAAGCAAUAAGAGCAAUAAGGUGCGGGUUAGGAAGACGACUUAAAUAACAUCGUCAUUGUCUCGAGCCUUUUCAGAAAUGC